AUGGCCAAACGCACGACCAAGAUGACCAAGACGGCGAAAGCGCAGUUUCACGUUCAGGCCGACAGCCGCGACGAGGAGGCCGAAGACUCGGACGCCCAGACCGACCAGGUCGACCAAGGUUCCCACGCCGAGCAAAUUGACGAACCUUCUCAGGACGACCAGGAAGAAGAGGAGAACCACGACGGCGAGCUUAACCCCCAAGGUCUCCUCGAACUCAUGGCCCAGAUGGAAUCCAACUUCGCGGACGUUGUCAACGAGACUCGUGAACAAGCGGCAGCGGACAAAGCGGAACUACUCGCCCGCCAGGCUGACCUCCUCCGUCUGGUGAAAGAAUCCCACGCCAAGGCUACCGCCGCAACCCUGCGCCUUGAACGUCUCCUCACCCAACAAGCCCAGCAGAACGCCGGCCCGACCCAGUCCAACCAGAACCGGGCCCCUUCUACCUUCAGCAACAUCCGCCCCGUCCACCGCACGCUGGCCUCACCCGCCCCGUCCCACCUGCCCUCCCCGAUAACCCCUCCGGAACUACAGAACCGCGGCGACACAACCGGCUUCGUUGACGAAGGCCCGAUCGCCAAAUCUCUCCGCGAAGGCCUCGCCACGUUUGACGCGGAACCCACCAUCCUCACCUGGGAGGCUUUCAAAGAGGGGCUCCGUACCCGCUUCAUCCCCGCCAACGCCGAAGAACACGCGCUACUUGCCCUCGAACGCCUCACCCAGACGGGCUCCAUCGAUGAGUACUACCAGAAGUUCUCCACCCUCCUCCUCGAAGUCCCUGAGAUGACGGAUAAGCAGGCCUGUUGCGCAUUCCGUAAAGGCCUCCGCCAGGGCAUCCAACGGUUGCUCGCUGCCAACCCGACCAGCCUUACGAUGUCCCCCGCCGAAUUGGUUACGCUGGCCGAUAGCGUCUACUCCGUCGACAGCGCACGCCGCGAUGAAGCCAGCAGGGACAAGAGACCGCCCCUGAAACAAUGGCCCCCAUCGAACAAACGUGCGGCGGUUGACCUGGUAGGCACCGGCCCCGCGACCAAGCGUCUCAAGAAGCUUACAAACGACGAGCGUCAACGUCUCCGCGACCAAGGGGCCUGCUUCCGUUGUCGCCAACCCGGCCACAUGCAGAGCGACUGCCCUAAGUACACCAAGGCUCGCAUCCAGGCGAUCACCUCCGACACACACAAAACGACCGACCACCAUGAAGAUCCGCAGACCACCCAGGGGGAUUUUCCGUGA